CCAUCAAUAUAUUAAGUUGGCUGAGAUGUUUUCAAAAUUAAAAAAAAACGAUUUGAAAAAGUAAAAUCGAAUUUAUUUUCACCCUUACCAAGGCGAAGGUUGUGCAUUCAAUUCCCAGCAGAGGUUUUGGCCUACCGCUAUUGUGGUUUCGAUGGUCUAGUGUAUCUACAAUGGACUGACUCUAUAGUCUAAUCAUACCUUCAAGCCGUGGCUAUGGGCACAGAGUGUUGAUUAUUUUUAUGACCAAAUAUAAGACUGGUGAUGAACCCAACAUAACUGAAUUGUGACGGACCCGCAUUAAUGUGCAUAGCUUGGUUGGGUACAGAAAUUUGAUGACACAAAACUUUUCAAACGCAUCACCAUCAGUUGCAACGAUAACCUUGAGCUGGAAGGUGCUACUUUGAGGUCAAUCAUUCGAAUGAACGCAGCAUAGACGAAAAAUGCGUUUAAUGAAGAAAACUUUAAUAGUGGCCGUUGGCCUGGUUUUGGCAUCUAUAGUACAAAAAUACAGAAUAUUACAGUACCCGAUUGCACCGCCGGAAAUGGAUUUAAAUAAAUACUGGGGUUUUGGAAAUGGGGCCGGCUACAGAGAAAAUAGAGCUGUUGAGCCAUUCGAUAUUUCUGUCCAGCCAAAGGUAAUUGAAGAUCUCAAAUUUCAUUUGAAUAAUCCAAUAAAGCUGCAUGAACCACUGGAAGAUGUUGCAUUUGAAUAUGGUUUCAAUUCUAAUUAUUUACAAAGCAUAAUAAAGUACUGGCGUGAUGAUUAUUUGCCUAAGUGGUCGGAGCGAGAAAGAUACUUGAAGAAAUUUGAUCACUUCCAGACAGAAAUUCAAGGAUUGAAAAUUCACUUUAUUCAUGUGAAACCCAAACAAGUCGAGAGCAAACGAAUUCUACCCAUUUUGCUAUUACAUGGCUGGCCAGGAUCAGUACGUGAAUUUUACGACUUUAUUCCCCUACUUACAACACCCAACGAUAGAAGUGAUUAUGUGUUUGAAGUUAUUGCUCCUAGUUUACCAGGUUACGGCUGGUCACAGGCUGCUACCAAGCAGAAUUUCGAUACUACUCAAAUUUCCAUUAUCAUGCGUAAUCUUAUGAUGCGUUUGGGCCACGAAACAUUUCUUAUUCAAGGAGGCGAUUGGGGUUCUAUAAUUGGAUCGAAUUUAGCUGCACUUUUUCCAGAAAAUACUUUGGCCUACCAUUCUAACACGUGUUUGAAUUUUAGUCCGAUUGCAGCAUUCAAAGCUGUGAUUUCCAAACUCUUCCCUUGGCUUUUCUACGCUAAAGAACAUUCAGUUUUCUUUAAAUCACUGGGCAAAUUCGUCGUCGAUGCUAUUGAAGAAAGCGGAUAUUUGCAUAUACAAGCCACGAAACCCGACACUAUUGGUACGGCUUUGUCCCACAAUCCUAUAGGCCUGGCAGCAUACAUUCUAGAAAAAUUCUCCUCUUGGACCAAUAACGAAUUUAAGCACUUGAAUGACGGGGGCCUUACCAAGCGUUAUACCCUUGAUAGUCUUCUGGAUAAUGUCAUGAUCUAUUACAUCACCAAUUCCAUUACCACAUCCCAGCGUCUAUAUUCGGAAAACUUUUCGACAGCUCAUCGGCAUCUGGAGAUGGACCGCGUUGCAGUCAAAGCUCCGACGGCAUGUGCGCGCUUUUUGUAUGAUGUAUGUCAUCAAACCGACUAUGAGCUCAAAGACAAGUACGUGAACAUGAUCCAAAGCACUUACCAUGAGGAAGGCGGUCAUUUUGCUGCAAUGGAAGUAUCGAAGAUAUUGUAUGACGACUUCAUUCAAUUUGUGAAAAAGGCUCAUCUGUCUAAUAAUGACGAUAAUGGUCAUAAUAGCAACAGCAAUCACGGCAAUUGUCAAACACAUCAGACACAAACGGGUACAAUGUCACCAUUUACGCGUGUUUUAAUCCUGUUACUCGCCAUGGGCGGGGGUAUGGUGUACAAGGAGAUCUCUCACUUGGUGGGCGAUGUUGAAGUUCCCCAGUUACCAAUGAAUCAGUGGUGGGGCGAUGAAGAGGAACCAAAAGAUUGGGAAGCCUAUUUGGCCAACUCAUCAGAAGUUAUAGGCAAUCGUUUAUUGUAUCCGGAUACGACUAUCGAUGAUUUGCGAUCGCAGCUCAAUCGUACGCUCCACCUUACGGAACCUCUGGAAGAUGUUGCCUUCGAAUAUGGCUUUAAUACGAAAUUUCUAGAGGAACUUGUCACAUACUGGCGCGAUGAUUAUUUGCCCCGUUGGCGUGAGCGCGAAGUCUUUCUUUGGCAAUUCAAUCAUUUUACCACCGAUAUUCAAGGUUUACGUAUGCAUUUCCUACAUUUGAUGGUUUAUGAGGAAAAUGCAGUGGGCAAACAUCACUACCCGGUACUCCUGUUACACGGUUGGCCUGGGUCUGUUCGCGAAUUCUAUAACCUUAUUCAUAAACUGCACCAGACCAAGCUCGACAAGAACAAUAAAUACAUAUUCAAUGUUGUGGUGCCUAGUUUACCCGGAUUUGCUUGGUCACAGGGGACAUCAAAACGAGGCCUGGGUCCGGCUCAAAUCGCAGUUAUGAUGCGAAAUUUAAUGCUACGCCUCGGAUACAAAAAAUUCUUCAUUCAAGGUGGUGAUUGGGGCUCUGAAAUCGGUUCAAAUAUGGCUACGCUAUUUCCGGAAAAUAUCCUCGGCUUUCAUUCCAACAUGUGCUUUGUUUCAACACCAAAAUCUCUAAUAAAGGGGUUCGUUGCUGGAAUUUUCCCCAGUAUCUUUGCUCCCAGAGGUUAUGAAGACUUUUUCUUCCCAACUUCAGAGAAAGUGAGUUACCUUCUAGAGGAAACUGGUUAUGCCCACUUACAAUGUACCAAACCGGAUACAAUUGGUUCAGCAUUACACGAUAACCCCGUUGGUUUGGCCGCCUACAUCCUUGAAAAAUUCUCAACAUGGACAAAUGCGUCAUAUCGCCACUUACCCGAUGGCGGCCUGAAGAAACGUUACAAAUUAGAUGCCCUUUUGGAUAAUGUCAUGAUCUACUAUUUGACCAACUCCAUAACAACUUCAAUGCGUAUUUACAAGGAGAUGGCAUCACCAGAGCAUAGAGCUCUGCAAAUGGAACGCGUACCCACCAGUGUACUUACUGGAUGCGCCCGUUUCAAGAGUGAUAUGGCACACUUAUUGGACAUACAACUGAGGGAUAAGUACAAGAAUUUAAUCCACAGUACCUACUACAAAGAAGGCGGCCACUUUGCUGCCAUGGAAGUACCGAACAUUUUGUAUCUAGACUUUAUAAACUUUGUCAAAAGAGUUGAGGGAAUUAAAAAAAUUUCCGGAUACAAAAUGGAACUAUAAACGAUUUUAAGAAGUGCAUUUUUUUUAUAAAUAUUUUACAAUAGACUUAUUUUCAAAAUAUAAUUGACUUAAGAAAAUAUA